AUGUAUUUAACGUGGGCUUCAUUUAAUAACAUAAGAAUGCUUAUGAUGGCUUGCAUGCCUGUGGUAAUAUUCUAUUUGAUUUGGUUGGUGAAUACUUCAGAAGGGAUACGGAGCGAAGAGGGAACUUUAUUAGAUCUGGUUUGUUGGCCUGAUGGAAAUGCUAUACCUGUUAUUAUUACAUGUGGGGCUGUAAUUGCAGUUGUUAUAGAGCUAUAUGGAUUGUAUCAGUUGUUCAAGGCUGGCCUUCCUAAAAAAGAGUACGAUGUAACGAACGGUCUUUUUUAUUAUGUAUGGGCUCUCAUAAUUACUAUAAUUAUUUUUCUGGCCAUUAUGUUUUACUCCGGACUUCAGUCGACUAUAAUACGAGCCAAAAUAAAGGAUGGCAUCACGAAAGCUAUGCUCAGGUAUUCAAGUCACCUACCUUCUAAGGUGGCUAUAGAUAGACUUCAAACCAGAUUCCACUGUUGCGGCCGCGUCGCUUUUCAAGAAUGGUUCUACAUUCCUUGGUACGCUAACGGGGAACGCAUUGACGACAAAACGUUUUCAGAUCACAAAUUUGUGUCAGACAAUGUGCCCUACAGCUGUUGUUCCAUGGAUGUACUGUACCCUUGCAUCCAUCACGGUGUUACUCAAAUGGGCACUAUAUACAAGUAUAAUCCUACGACACAAUUGACUAUAUGGAAUGCUGGUUGCGAGGAGAAAUUGAUUAGUGAAAUGAUGUCCGUCUCGUGGCGGUUCAAUGCGGUCAUGGCUCUAAUAAUAGUUGCCAUGAUCAUGCAAGUUGUCGCUGUAAGAUAUUUACAUACAGCCUACAGAAGUGGCCUACAUAUUGGCAAUAGGAUCACAUGUCGAGCCUAUUUACUGCGGUCCGUAUCUGAUACGGAACAACCCAAGCAUGCCUUCAGGAAAAAAGUGUUCACGAAGAAGAAAUUCCAUCAAGCACGUACUUUACAAUGGGUCUCAGUGUCAUACAGGCGUGGACAUAAAAGAUACACUUCUUCAGCUUCAGACGGUAAUAGCUCGGAUGAGUUAUUGAAACCUAUUUACGAAUAG